GUCUUCCAGCUCCCAGCGGAAGGGGUGAUCGACGUUGGCGCAGUUAUCGCCCUGGCCGGUGCCGAGUGCAACGCGGCCAGCCAGGAGAUGAAGCGGGCGCAGAAGUCAGGGGCCGCGGUCGACUUCAAGAAAGGCUCGCACCCCGACGAGGCGAGCUUCAAGCUCGCCCACACCUACUGGAACGAGGUCGCCCUGCGCCGCGCUCCGCAGCAGCUCGCGGAGAUGAUCCCCCCGUGCCGCUACGAGAAGGUCAGGGGCGACAUGCCGUCGCCGCAGACUGGGAUCCCCGUCGCGGCAGCGCAGGCCAGGCGCGCGCAGAUUGGAG